CUCUCGCGAUACUUCACGAGGAUUUCUCGCGUGUCCGCCAUCGCUGCGGCUCUUUGCAGAAGGACACUGAGACGCUGGUCGGUGGAGGAAGAACUCUGCACUUUCGUCCUUCAAACAUGUUGUCCAGACUCGUCCUGGUUUCAGCCAGUUCCCUGAAAAGCAGUGGACUCCUUGGAGCUGGCCUGAUCCAAGCGUCUCGCUCCCUGCACACAUCAUCCCAGAGUCUGGCUCCGGUGCCUCCUCUGCCAGAGAAGGGAGGCAAAGUCCGCCAUGGCAUCAUCCCAGAAGAGCUCUUUCAGCUCCUGUACCCCAAAACUGGAGUCACAGGACCCUACAUGCUGGGCACUGGCCUCCUCCUCUACAUCCUUUCCAAGGAAAUCUACGUCAUCAACCAUGAGACCUUCGCUGCCGCCUCCAUAGGGGCUGUCAUCAUUUAUGGUGUCAAAAAAUUUGGUCCAAGUGUUGCAGCUUUUGCUGACAAACUUAAUGAGGACAAAGUGAUGAAGGCUCAGGAGGUGAAGGACCUUGCUAUGUCCAGCCUGACUCAGGCCAUUGAGGAUGAGAAGAAGGAACAGUGGAGAGCAGAGGGAAGAUCAAUGCUCUUUGAUGCUAAGAGGAACAAUGUGGCCAUGCUUCUUGAGACCAACUACAGAGAGAGGCUACACAUGGUGACCGGUGAGGUGAAGAGGCGGUUGGACUACCAGAUCGCCCUGCAGGUCCUCCACCGUCGUAUGGAGCAGGAGCACAUGGUCAACUGGGUGGAGAAGAGCGUUAUCGGCAGCAUCACUCCCCAGCAGGAGAAAGAGAGCAUCGCCAAAUGCAUCACAGACCUGAAGGCUCUGGCCAAGGUCACUCAGGCCAAAGCUACAGCCUAAACUAUCAAGUCUUCAGCGAAGGCUUCUCUAAUCCCCAAGUCAUUGUCCCAAGACGAGACGUUCACUUUUCUUUACAGAAUAAACUUAUUUCUCAUAAGAUUGUCUCUGUCAAUAGUGUGGGUGUGUACAGUAUUUACACGUCAGCUGAUGGUAAAAUAAAUGGUUCUCUUAUUCAA